AUGCACCUCCUCCGGGUGAGCCACUGCGACACACCUGGACACCGACUGCCACCUGGAAAUACAGAGCACCUACUCUGUUUUCUCGCUCAUCAGCUCAACGAUGCUGCCCCUGCUUCUCCAGCCAGGCUGUGUUUCCCCGCCAUGAGCGCGGCGCGGGGCUUGCUGGCGCUGCUGGCUCUGCUGUGCCACGCCGAGUCCAGGUGCUCGCCCACCGCGUACUACCAGGACUGCUGGAUCCGCCAGUUCCCGGGGGUUUUCCUCGACGUGGGGGAGUCUCAGAGGAGAGGAGCGCAGCUCCUGAGGUUUUAUCUGGAGGACUCCGCGCUGAAAUGCAGCCGCAGCUGCUGCGUCAUGAGAAAUCUUUCCUGUAAUCUGGCCAUGUUUCAUUAUGACAACACUCAAGAGAACUGCUUCCAUCUCCACUGUCCGACACUGGAGAGCUGCAUCCUGCGACACGGAGGCAACACGGUCCUCUACAACAUCUCAAACGGUGUAGAUCCUGAUCUGUUGGUGUUUGGAAAAUACUUUGCAUCUAAUGUCCGUGUGUUACCGCACCACUACAGCCGGGUCAACGCCUCGGAUCCGUUGCCUUCAGACAAGCGGCAGUUCAUCCAUCCACCUCCACCUGCCGUACCGCCUCUCACUUCUGCACCUUCGGCUAAACUCUCGACUCCAGAAAGAGGUGGGCGCCCCGCCACAGCAGAGCAGAGCAGCAGUCGGUUCACAACGGUUCCUGCGGCUACAGCUGCCUCGUCUUCCUCUGGAAAAGCUCCCCCGUCCUCAGCGAGCCAUGCACAAACAGCCCCGACCGCUUCUGCCACGUCUACUGCGCCGAGCUUUACUAGUACUGUCCCCUCCUCCAGGCAUGACGGCCCCCGAACAUCUCCCACGUUUUCCACCACGAGCAAACGGCCUUCCACACGCAUCACCACCCAUCAUCACGCUACCAGUGACCUUCAGCUGACUAGCAGCCCCACAGCUGCCACAAACAGCACACAAAGCAGCAGACAGGAUGCCAACAACACGCAGGUUGGCGGCGAUGGCCAGAAGGUCGGCGGAGAGGACGCCGUAGCCGCGUUCGGACCCGGCUGGCACAUGGCGGCCCACACCUUACUGGUGGCAGUGGCCAUCUGUGCCACAGUGCUGCUGAGCUGCUGCUGCUUGGUCAUGCUGCUGGUGAGCUGGAGGGGUCAGAGGAAGAGGAUGGGCCGCUACCGUACGUCAUGCCGGGGGAAAUCCGGCUCCAUGCGUUUGAUCAAGUACGUGCUGGUCAGAGAGAACUGCUGAAAAUCAGGAGGAAGGAA